AUGCGGUAUUCUUCCGGAAUACGAUCUCUUAUGCUAGGGAUCUUUUUGCUACAAAUCGCCGCUGCCGUCGCCACGAUUUCUCAGCCGCGCGUCCAGCGUCUCCAAGAUAUCCUGGCUGCCGAUUAUGAGGAGCUUUUCGACGUAAAGUCGCUGGACAUCACCGAACUCAACAAGGGGUCCGCGGAGGCUUCUUUUGAGGAAUUAUUCAAGCUAAUGGAGCGCCAGUACUUCCGUGGGCCAGUAAAUACCACGCAACUCGAAAGCUGCUAUUGGAAGAUCUAUAUGAUGCACAACGACCUCGGGAUCACAGAGGAGAUAAGAUCCCGGAUCAACAAUGAGUGGCAGAUUUUGGAAGAUGCAACGCGUCUCUAUGCGAAUUUCACCGGAAUCAGCCGUGCGCCGGAGCUGAAGAGGCGGAGGGAGGAUGAGUGGGCAAUGAUCUAUUACAUUUUGAGUAAUUUGGAUCGGCAAUCAACCGCGCUGGCGCAAUCGCGCGUGGAUGAUAUGAGGAGAAUCUUCGGGUUGAAGGGCUUUCCAAUCGCUUGGAAUAACACCGGUGGAGAUGAGCGUCUCUACGAAAAGGGCUUCAAAAUGAUCCCCGACAUCCUGCAGGCUUUCAAAGAAUUCUACGUGGAUCAAUGCCCCAAUCCGAUCACCCAGGAGGAAGCGAAGAUUUGGACGGAACAUAGAGCAUUUGUGCUGGAUGCUUACCUUGCUUGGGCAAGAGGAUAUCCGGCUGGAAAUAACUUUCCUCGUAGUGAGGUUGACGCAUUUUUCCAACAGUUUCGCGACCUCUACGAAACGAUGUCAAAUCAGGAGUUGUUCGACGUAAAGUCGCUGAACAUCCCCGAACUCGAUAUGGGAUCUGCUGAGGCUUCUUUUGCGGGAUUAUUCAAGCGAAUGGAGAAACAGUUCCCCAGUCAAUAUCCGGCUGAUGCCUCAGAUUUCACCGGG